UUCAGGGGCUUCGUGAAGGAGGCGGAGGAGCUCGGCGUCAGUCGGCGGAUGAACAGUCUCACGCUGAACCGUCACACGGAGAUCCUGGAGAUCCUGGAGAUCCCGCAGCUGAUGGACACCUGCGUCCGUAACGGAUACUACGAGGAGGCUCUGGAGCUGGCGGCGUACGUGAAGCGGCUGGAGAAGAAGCACUCGUCGCUGCCCGUCAUCCAGGGAAUCGUGCGUGAAGUGCGUCAGUCGACUCAGCUGAUGCUCAACCAGCUGCUGCAGCAGCUGCGCAGCAACUCGCAGCUGCCCGUCUGCCUGCGUGUGAUCGGCUACCUGCGCAGGAUGGACGUGUUCACGGAGGCGGAGCUCCGGGUGAAGUUCCUGCAGGCGCGCGGCACCUGGCUGCACUCCAUCCUCGCCGCCAUCCCCGAGGACGACCCCUACUUCCACAUCACCAAGACCAUCGAGGCGUGCCGGGUGCACCUGUUCGACAUCAUCACGCAGUACAGAGCCAUCUUCUCUGACGAGGACCCGCUGAUGCCGCCUGCCGCCGGCCAGCUGGCGGUGAACGAGGCCGCCAUCUUCCACGGCUGGGUGGUGCAGAAGGUUGCCGAGUUCCUGGAGACGUUAGAGCGGGACCUGCAGCGCGGCGUGGGCGGCCGCCUGGACUCCCUGCUGGGUCAGUGCAUGUACUUCGGUCUGUCCUUCAGCCGGGUCGGCGCCGAUUUCCGGGGCCAGCUGGCGCCCAUGUUCCAGCGCGUGGCGGCGGAGACGUUCCGCGGGGCCGUGCAGGAGGCGGUGGACAAGUUUCAGGAGGACAUGAACCUGUACACGCUCAUCGCCCUGCCGGCGGUGCUCGGGGGGACCAUCCCCCACGCCGCCCCCGGCACGCAGCCCGGCACGCUGCAGCCGCCGAUGGCGCUGCUGGACUUCCAGCCGCUCGCCUGCUUCCUCAACAACGUCCUGACCGCCUUCAACGACCUGCGGCUCUGCUGCCCCGUCGGCCUCGCUCAGGACGUCACCGCCUGUCUCCAGGACGCCCUCGAGAAGGUGACCCGGCAGAUCGUGGCGUUCCAGCGCGCCGAGGAGUCGGCGUUCAGCGGCAGAGAGAAGGAGCUGUUUGUUCAGUUCUGCUCUUCGUACGCCGAAGAUUUGCUGCCGUUCGUGAACCGCUGCCUGCAGGUUCUGUUUCCUCCGGCGCAGCUGGCGCUCAUCCUGGGUGUCCCUCCGACUCAGCUGCACAGGUACGACGGUCUGGGCUGCAUCGACCUCGCCGCCGUCCUCGAGCCUCUGGACUCGGUGCUCCCGCAGAGAGAGACGCUGGCUCCGCCUCCGGCAGCGGCGCCGGAGCUCGACAUCGCCUCCGAACUCGGCAGCUUAACGUUUGAGCUCAAAGAUCGGCCGACAGAUCCCGACCUCACAGAGGAGACGAGACGUCUCGACCCGACGCCGACCCCGUCCGGUCUCCGAGAGUCUGAGGGACAAGACGAAGAGACGAUAGGAGACGAAGACUUUUCUCUAGAGUGACGGACGCCAAGACCGAAGAAUGAGACAAUUUAGUGACUGUGUGUGUCUCCGGUGUGACGAGUUCUCCGUCUGGGGUUUAGGACACCCUGGACUCUGGGACCUGGUGGUGGUGGACAUUCUGUCUUUGUGGACAUUUUGAUGAUAAAAAGUAAAAAACA